UGAUAUCGGUGAAUAUCAUUUUCCCCCUCGUGUACUUUCACAUUUCGGCACUCAGAUUGGGUUAGCCUGAAUCGAGCUCCUCUCGGUCGCCGUCGCCUCCUCUCCGUUGCCGUCAACUCUCCUCCGUCGCCGUCACUGCGCCACCUCCGCCUCUUCUUCUUCUGCAUCGGAGUGUUUGAUGAACUUUGACAAGCUGAGACUGACAGGAUUCAACUCAAUUCGACUCGUUUGUACCCCUUUCAAACACUAGUAAGUUCUGCCCAUCGAUCCUCGGGUGGCGACGAGUCCGCUACUGGUGCUCGAAAUCUGAUCCUGAAAUAGACCUGGUCCCCGGAACAAAGGUGCUCUCCUACAGCAUCCCCGGAUUCCUCUCAACGUCAGCAACGGAAAAUGAAGACUAAGAACUACAUAACUACUUAUUGUCUUUUCAAGUGCUCCUUGAGAUACCUUGUCCAUAGAUCGAAUUCUAAUUCCCAAUAUUCAAGCCAAUUUCCAGGUUUCAGAUGUCAGUUCAGCAGAACUUCCAGACCACUUGAAACGUUUCUUCCAGAUCCUAAGCGGAAUCUUCCAUCAGUUGUCCACCUCUUAAGAGAAUACAUAGGUAGAGACCUAACAUCCGCAAGUAAUUUUUCUGGACAUACUCACAGAAUCCCUUGUAGAUUCUUUGGUUCAGCACCAAUAGUUAUGCAGAGGAACCCGAUGUUCUCGACCAUAAAUGCUGAUGAUAUCACCAAAUUUAAGGAAAUUUUAGGGGAGAAAAAUGUAGUUCAGGAUGAAGAGGCACUGCUUGCUGCAAAUACAGAUUGGAUGCGGAAAUACAAAGGCUCAAGCAAUCUUUUACUUCAACCUAGGACCACAGAGGAGGUCUCUCAGAUUCUGAAAUACUGUAAUUCCAGAUGUCUGGCAGUUGUUCCUCAAGGUGGAAAUACAGGUCUCGUAGGGGGAAGUGUGCCUGUUUUUGAUGAGGUAAUUAUCAAUAUGGGUUCCAUGAAAAACAUCAUUUCUUUUGACAAGGUAAGUGGUAUCCUGGUGUGUGAAGCGGGAUGCAUAUUGGAGAACCUGGUAUCUUUCCUGGAUAACCAAGGAUUUGUUAUGCCCCUGGACUUGGGGGCGAAAGGAAGCUGCCAAAUUGGCGGCAAUGUUUCUACUAAUGCUGGCGGUUUGCGCUUUGUCCGCUACGGAUCACUUCAUGGGAAUGUACUUGGUCUUGAAGCUGUUUUAGCAAAUGGUACUGUGCUUGACAUGCUUGGGACGCUACGCAAAGAUAACACUGGGUAUGACCUGAAGCAUUUGUUUAUAGGAAGUGAAGGGUCAUUGGGGAUAAUAUCUAAGGUAUCCAUACUUACACCUCCGAAGCUGUCUUCAGUAAAUCUGGCUUUCCUUGCUUGUAAAGAUUAUGUCAGCUGCCAGAAUCUACUAUUAGAAGCCAAAAGGAAGCUCGGCAACAUUCUUUCUGCGUUUGAAUUUUUGGAUAGCCACUCAAUGGAUCUGGUUCUUAAUCAUUUAGAAGGUGUUCGAAAUCCUUUGCCUCCCUCAAUGCACAACUUUUAUGUCCUGAUUGAGACAACAGGGAGUGAUCAAUCUUAUGACAAAGAGAAGCUUGAGGCCUUCCUACUUCGUUCUAUGGAAGUUGGUUUGAUAUCUGACGGUGUUCUAGCCCAAGACAUAAAUCAGGCGUUUUCCUUUUGGCGUAUUCGUGAGGGUGUACCCGAAGCGUUAAUGAAAGCAGGGGCUGUAUACAAAUAUGAUUUGUCACUUCCUAUUGAAAAGAUGUACGAUCUUGUUGAGGAAAUGCGAAUGCAUCUUGGUCCUGCAGCCAAAGUAGUCGGCUAUGGACACCUUGGAGAUGGUAACUUGCAUCUUAAUAUAUCACUUCCAGAGUAUGAUGAUACUGUUUUAGGCCAAGUUGAACCAUUUGUUUACGAAUGGACAUCUAAGCACCGCGGGAGUAUCAGUGCUGAGCAUGGCCUGGGACUGAUGAAAGCUAAUAAGAUUCACUACAGCAAAUCUACUGAAAGUGUGCACUUAAUGGUUUCCAUCAAGAAGUUGCUCGACCCCAAUGGGAUACUCAACCCAUAUAAAGUUCUUCCAUCAUCCCUCACGUCCUAAACUUGAGGGAGCAUCUGAGGAAGUCUCCAGGGGCAAUUGGUGAUUGACAGACUGUCCAGGACGAAGAUAUGUUAUGCACCAAAGAAUGAUGCUAAAUUUGGGGAUGGACUCAAAAGAGGUUGACAUGUGGACUCCCAAUUUUUUCCUGAUGCAUUAAAAAUAAAGCAUGACUCAAGGACGGAAGCAUGUUUGGCAUUCCGAAGUAGUGAUGGCCCUUAAAGCAAAGUAACAUUAAGAGUAAUUAUUCUCUUCUUUUUUUUUUGCGGAGUACAUUAAGAGUGUAAUCAUGUGUUUAGAAAUGUGCUCUUUAUCUCUUCAAGAAUGUAUAACAAGAGAUCCUACUUUAUCGA